CUUUCUGCUUAUAAUCGCUCGACGGUGCCAGCAAGAUGGAGUUCCGCGAGUAUGAGGAAAUGCUAUGGAACCUCAUGUCUGCAGAGAAUACUGUGCGGAACCAUGCCGAGAUGAUGUUUGAGUCAAUGAAGGCAGACAGCGACCGCACCUUGCUCUAUCUUUUGCAGGUGAUCCGAUCGACGUUGAGCGACGACGUGCGCGGCCUCGCCGCCGUCCUUUUGCGGCGCGUGUUGAUCCGUGACGAAGUGAGCUUGUGGACCAACGCCGCCGCCUCCACGCAGCACAGCGUGAAAACCGACCUGCUCCAUGUGCUCACGUACGAGACGAACCGCAGCAUUCGGCGCAAGCUGUGCGACACCGUGGGAGAGUUGGCGUCGUCCAUCUUGGAGGAAGGCGAAUGGGAAGAGCUGCUUCCGUGCAUGUUUCAGUGGAUCACGUCCACGAACGUGGCCCAUCGUGAAAGCGCACUUCGCGUGUUCGAAAUGAUCUCGCUCUACAUGGCCACGUGCAUGACAGCGUACUUUGACACGACGAUCCAGCAACUGUUCCAGACCAGUUUGCGCGACGGCGAAGGCCACGUCGCCCUCCACGCCCUACGCGCUCUCGGCAUGCUGCUAUUGAGUUUGGACGAACUGGACGAACGUGAUCGGUUCCAGCCGCUUCUUCCCGCGAUUCUGCAUGCCCUGCACACAAUGCACGUCGACGGCAACGAAGAGGACCUGGUGGAGGCUAUGGAGGUGUUGAUAGAGCUUCUGGAGCCCCACGCUUCGUUUUUCAAGCCCAUGUUGAAAGAACUCGUGCCUCUCAUGGUCGUGCUCGUGUCCACGGGCGCGUCGGACGGCAGCUUUGGACGCCGCCAGCUGGCCAUGGAAGUGCUCGUGUCCAUCGCUGAAAAUGCCGCGAGCGCGUGCCGCCGGUUCCCCCAAAAUGGCUUUGUGGAGCAAGUGUUUCCCCUGACAUUUCACUUGAUGCUCGAUGUAAACGAAGACACGACUGGGGAUGAAGUAGACGACGCCGAAGACGAUAUCUCCAAUGUCGACGUCGGCGCAGAGGCGCUGCAAAGGAUGGCGCAGGCGAUUGGGUUCAAGAAAGCAUUGCCCGUAUCGUUUGGGCUCGUGUCGCAGUAUGCUGGCCACCCCGACUGGAAGUAUCAGUACGCAGCACUGAUGGCUUUGACUCAAAUCGUGGAAAUUGUACCGUCCAGCCAGCUACACGCCGUGGUUAAGCACGUAUUUGCCCAUGUGCAUCCAGAUGGUCACCACCCCAAGGUCGUGUCUGUGGCUAUCGAUGCCCUCGGACAGCUGGCCACCGACCAAGGCCCUUUAUUUCAAGAACAAUAUCACGAACAAACGAUUUCCGUGUUGCUUGAAUACAUGCAAGUGGGCGUUGUACGACCUAACGUCCCUGCCAAAUGGACUUGGCACUUUCUCACGCACGCCCUGACGUCGCUGCGCCAGUUUAUCGACACGUGUCACCCGGAAAUGGUCGAACCGUACCUGGAAUCCCUGCUUGGCAGCUUGUUUGCGCUGCUAAACUUGGGCCAUGCCACCGCCGAAAGCCGAUCCGUCCAGGAGUAUGCCGUGUCGGCGCUAUCGUCGAUCGCUGGCUGCUGCGGCGAGUCGUUUGGCCGGUUCUUUAACAUGGUGUUCCCGCCACUCAAACAGUUGCUGUACACGUCCCUGCAAGAGCUGCAAUUGGACGCUGCGUCCACGACGACCGCCCCCGUCUCCACCACGCUAUGUGGUAUCACUCUUGAGUGUAUUUCAUUGGUCGGUCUAGCAGUUGGUCCGGCGGUGUUUGGCGGUGACGCCGCAGAAAUUCUCGACGUGAUGACCCAGAUGCAGCACUCUUCGCAGUACGCCAACGAUGAGAUCUUGCGGUCCUACUUGUUGCAAGCGUGGGCGCGAUGGUGUAAGACUCUGACACAUCACUUUGCCAAUUACUUGCCUGUUGUGAUGCCAAGCCUGCUCGAUGCCGCCAUGCAACAAGCCGAGUUUGAAAUGGACGACCAGGACGACAUGGAAGACGACGACGACGACGACGACGACGUUCAGAUUGCGCACAUCAACGACAAAUGCGUGAGCAUUCGCACGUCCAUCCUCGAAGAGAAGGCCACCGCGUGCCAGAUGCUCAGCAGCAUGGUGGCGGACCUGAAAGAGUCGUUUUUUCCAUAUGUGGAGCAGGUGACGCAGGUGCUCACGCCUCUCAUGACGGACUCGGUGCACACGGAGAUCCGCGCCGCGUCCAUCUCGGCCAUGCCGUGGCUCGUGCUGUCCGUGUCAAAGCACCUGCUGCAGCAAGGUCCGCUAGACACCCUCAGCCCCGUCGUACAGAUGCUCGAGUUUACCCUCGGCCGCCUGCUCAAUGCGCUUUCGACAGAACCCGAACUCGACCUCCAGAUGACCAUCAUGCAAAGCAUCAAAAUGUGCAUCUCCCACGCCGUGCACCCGCAACAUGACGGCGAAUCGCCGCCCCCGCCAGUGACGGCAGCUACUAAUGUUGUCGAACUUCUCAACCACGCCCAGCUGUCGCAGCUGGUGGAAGGGCUGCUGAUUGUGCUUGCCGAGAGCUUUCAACGACGUGCAGUGCGCCGCGCCCGCAAAGCCAUCGAAGAGUUUGACGACGAAGAGAACGAAGAGGACCUCGACAACGACGCGACGGAAGCGCAGCUGCAAUUUAUUCUGGCCGACUGCUUGGGCAAUUUGGCCGAGACACACCCGUCGCGGUUUUUUCCUGUAUUUCAAGACACGCUGCUGGACAAAGUGCUCGAGAUGGUGCAACCGCACUGCCUUCCCGAAGAUCGGAAACUGGCCGUGUACUUGGUGGACGACGUGCUCGAGCACUGCGAACCUGCGCGAGGCCACCUUGGCACGUUUGUCCCGCUUCUGCUGAAUUGCGUGGCGAGCGAGUACCCGCCAUUACGACAGGCAGCAUCGUACGGGCUCAGCCUGAGCGCUCGUCUUGGAGGCGCAGCGUUUGCUCCAUAUGUAAAUCCGACGGUGGAGUUGCUAUGGACGCUCGUACACAGUGCCGACGCUUGGGAGCCGUUCAUGGUCAACGCCACCGACAACGCCGUGUCGGCUUUGGGCAGCAUCCUGCUCCACUUUGACAGUUUGCCGUCCACGUUAUUCACGCAGUGGCUGGCCCUGCUGCCGCUGCGAGGGGACGUCGAAGAGAGUGCGGCGCUGAUCCAGCGGGUGUGCGCGGCCGUGCUGGCGUCCCACAAGGUGCUGUCGGAGGACCCGAGCAACGUGCCGCGGGUGCUCAGUCUGCUUGCGGAGGUGCUGAGUCUGCAGCUGUUUGAACCCGACCAGCCCGUGGCCAAGGACAUGCAGGCGGCGCUUCAUGCGCUGCGGACGAUGGUGCCGGAUCACGUGAUGAAGUCGGUGUGGCAGUCUAUGAGUGCCGCCCAGCAAGCCGCGCUGCACGCGCUGUUUGCGUAAGAACGCCGAUCGAUAGACGACGACACACACACAAACAGUUUUAAUUAAAAUAUAGAGCACCAUCCCCAAUCAAUACUACAUACUAGUUGGAUAUAUUUCACUCGUUGGGGUAUUAUAAAUG